AAUAAAAAUCGAAACUUUUUGGUAUUGGGGGAAAUGGGGAAGAAAAAUGGAGUGAUUUUGGUGGCAGUGGCAUUGGCUGUUGCUGCCAUUUUAGACGAUGCUGCAGCAGCAGCCAAUAUGGGGAGGAAUUCAGAAGGAAGAGAACAAAAUUCUAUGGAGAUUAUUCAGAAGAAGUUGAAACUUCUGAAUAAGCCUGCCAUCAAGACCAUCCAUAGUGAAGAUGGAGAUAUUUUCGACUGCAUUGACAUUUACAACCAGCCUGCCUUUGACCAUCCAGCUCUAAAAAACCAUACCAUUCAGAUGAAACCCAAUUUCGAUUUUGAGUCGGACAUGUCGACCGCACAAAACGAGUCGUUUCGAUCCAUUCCAUUUCAAACAUGGCAAAGAAGUGGGAGUUGUACCGAAGGAACGAUUCCCAUCCGCAGGGUUCAAACACAAGACUUAUUGAGAACCAAUUCUAUAGAUGAUUUUGGGAAGAAAUUUGCUUAUGGGAGCAAACUCGGGGCAGAAAUCAAUCGUUCUACGGCGAUCUUAGUUACAGCAGGAAUGAACUACAUCGGAGCAUCAGGAGAUAUUAACGUUUGGAACCCUAAAGUUGAUUUGCCAAACGACUUCACGGCCUCUCAAAUAUGGCUCAAAAAUGGACCUUCUGAAAAAUUUGACAGCGUUGAAGCUGGCUGGGUGGUGAAUCCCAGGUUAUACGGAGAUACAAAAACUCGAUUUAGUUUGUAUUGGACAGCGGACUCGUACAGCUCGACAGGGUGCUUUGAUCUAACUUGCAGUGGAUUCGUCCAAACUAACCCGGGUGUGGCCAUUGGUGGAGCCAUCGAGCCAUUGUCCAGCCGCGGUGGACAACAAUUCUUCAUCUCUAUUGGCAUCUUCAUGGAUCCAAAGUCAAGCAACUGGUGGCUAAAGAUGCAAGGAAAGCCGGUGGGGUAUUGGCCGCCGGCGCUGUUCGGGUAUCUGAGCCACAGCGCGACGCUGGCGGAAUGGGGCGGCGAAGUUUUCAGCUCAAACCUGAAGAAAACGCCGCACACCGGCACGGACAUGGGCAGUGGCGAUUACGCCUCCGCCCGCUACGGCGACUCCAGCUUUGUGAAACAUCCCAGAAUCCUUGAUUAUUCGCUGCAGUUGAAGUACCCCCAGCGAGUCGGAGUUUGGGCCGACGAACCGUCUUGCUACUCUGCUGAAAAUUACCAACGAACAUACACCACCGAACCGGUAUUUUUCUACGGCGGCCCGGGUCUCAGCCGCGACUGCCAUUGAAUCUCGACCCUCCGUUUUAAACACAUCAUUUUCAUAAUUAAUAAAAAUUGUUCAGUUUGGGCCUGCAUUUACUCGGUCGGGCCCAAUAAUAAGGUUGCGCUUUAAAUAGUUCUAAGA